AUUCUAAUUAUUUUAAGACUUUUUUUGUUCUUUAUAUUAUAUUUUUUCUUCUGUAUAAAUUUGCUUAUACUUUUUGUAAUUUUUUUUAUUCCUUUUUUUUUUCUUUCAAAUUUAAGACAGUUUUUAAUAUAUAAAAAUUUUUUUCUGUGUUUUGAUAAUUUUUCUUUUUUACUUAUUAUUUUAAGAUUUUGGAUUGUUUUUCUAAGGUUGAUUUCUAGUUUAAACGUUUUAUCUUCAUCCUCUUCAUCAUUUUUCUUUUUGUCUUUUUACAUUUUACUAAUUUUUUUAACCACUUUUUUUUUCUCAUCAGGACUCUUUUUUUUCUUUUUCUCUUUUGAAUCCACUCUAUUUCCCACUUUAUUUAUUAUUAUUGGUUGAGGUAAUAAUGUUGAACGUGUUCAAUCUGGUUUAUAUUUAUUCUUUUACACUCUUUUUUCUUCAAUACCGAUAUUAGUAUCAAUUUUUUUCACUUGCAAUAUAAGAAAUAGUUCCUUAAUAAGAUUUAUUUAUUUGGAUUAUUUAAAUUACAUCUACUUUUUUAUAAUAAUCUCAUUUUUAGUAAAAAUACCUAUAUUCUUUUUUCAUUCCUGACUUCCUAAGGCACAUGUUGAAGCUCCUAUUUCAGGUUCUAUAAUUUUGGCAGGUGUUUUACUAAAAAUAGGUGGUUAUGGUAUUUAUCGUUUGUUUAAUUUAUUUAAAUUUUUUCCCUAUUUCAAUAGAAUUUUUAUUUACAUCAGUUUAUGAGGCGGUUUAGUAGCUAGUUUAAUUUGUCUUCGUCAGUCUGAUUUAAAAUGUUUAAUUGCUUUCUCUUCUGUUUCUCAUAUAAGAAUUGUUAUCAUUGGUAUACUAAUUUUUAAUGAAGUUGGUUUAAAAGGUUCCUUAAUAUUAAUAAUUGCUCAUGGUUUAUGUUCUUCUUGUAUAUUUUUUCUUGCUAAUUGUAUUUAUGAACGAUCUGGAAGCCGUAGAAUCUUUUUAAAUAAGGGUUUAUUAUCUAUCUUUCCUAGGUUUUCUUUAUGAUGGUUUGUUUUUUGUUCUUUUAAUAUAGCUUUCCCUCCUUCUCUAAAUUUAAUUAGAGAAAUUUAUAUUUUCAUUUCUGGAAUCUCUUGGUUUAUAAAUUCUAUAUUUAUUUUAAUAUUGUUAUCUUUUUUAAGAGGUGUUUAUAAUUUAUUCCUUUUUACUUUUUGCAAUCAUGGAAAAGUUUGUUCCUUAAUUAAUUUUUUUAAUCCUCUUUCUAUUUUUGAAAAUAUAAUUGUUUUCAUCCAUUUUUUUCCUUUAUUUUUUUGAUUUUUAAAACUUGAUCAUUUUU